AUGGCUUGCCGCUCCGGCAGCAGCGCCCGGCCGGUGAGGGGGGACCGGGACCGGGACCGGGACCGGAAACGGAAACGGAACCGGGACCGGGGCCGAGCUCGGGGGGGCCGGGACCGCCCCCCAGCGGAGCAGAGCAGGACCCCCCCCGAAAGUCGGGGUGGGGGCAGCGAGACCCCCCCGGGCACAGCGGGACCCCCCCGGAACGCCCCCGGGGACACCGGGACCCCCCCAGAAACACCGGGACCCCCCCGGAACCCCCCCGGGGACACCGGGACCCCCCCAGAAACACCGGGACCCCCCCGGAACACCCCCGGGGACACCGGGACCCCCCAGGAACACCGAGACCCCCCCCGGAACCACCCCCAGACCCCCCAAACCCCCUCCUACACCCCCAAACCCCUCCUAGACCCUCCUAAAACCCCCAAACCCGCUCCUCAACCCCCAGACCCCCCAACUCCUUCCUAGAGUCCCCAGACCCCCCCAAGCCCCCCAAAACCCCCCCUAGACCCCCCAGAACCCCUCCUAGCCCCCCCCAAGCCCCC